AAUGUAAAAUUUCAGUGCAACAACAUUGAAAAUUGAAAUUGCAUACCCACUGGACAUGCGCAGAAACACCAACCAAUGUAUUUAUAGUUCGUUUUCAGGAUUGAAUUACAUUUUCAGUGCAGUUUGGUUGUUCGGGGUGUAAACGUUGUGCUUUGUGUAUCUGUGUCAAUUAUUUUAACUGAAACGAACAUUUUUUAGAGGCUUAAGAUGGCGGAAACCGUAAAAAAAUCUAGAAUUGUAAGUGACGACGACAAUCUCGAAGAAUCAUUACUCGAAGAAUUUAAUAUGCGCCUAAAAAACUGCAUGAGCGAAGAUAAAAUUGCGGAACCGGAAGCGGAAGCGGAACAAAUCAUGGAGAAUUCCUUGUACGAAAACGUAGAAACUUUGAAGAUAGUCGAGAAGAGCGACGAUUUUAUACAGGCGGAAAUCGAGAGUUACUACGACGUCCCGCGGCCUUUAAACGGCAUCAAAGUAGAUGUUAAGGAUGGCGUAGAGAACCAAGUGUACGCACAACCCGAAAAGACUGAAUCGAACGACCAAAACCAAUUGGUGAGGCCGGAAAUCGCCCUCGAAGAUUACGAGGAGAUCGAGCACAAUUACGAGACCAUCGACGAAGAUCUGCCCACCUUAAACCUCCCUAGCACCUCCGUGGAAAGCGACACUACAGAUCACGACGGAAAAUCUUCGGUUAAGGACAGAAUGUUCCUAAGCACCGACGAUGCGUCCUGUUUGCUGUUUACACAAACCGUCACAAGCCCCAUGCUAACACCCAGCGAGGAGAACAUCGAUUUCCUCAAGGGGUUCAGGAGGGAAAGCACAAAUACCAACUCUCCCGAUACCUCUCCCAAAAACGAUGCUGAACCCGAGGUAAUCUACGAAAACCUCCCCAACGGAGAAGCCAUCUACGAGAAUAUAAAACCCGAAAGUAUCUACCAAAACGUAGAAGAGUUAAAGCAAGACUCCCCCAACAAAAACCGCGACUCCCUAAAAGAGUUCGAAAAGAUCGAGCGCGAUCUCGAGUUGGUUCUCUCCGAGACCAACGACGUGGAAGAAGUAAUAGAGGUGACAGAACCUCUGGAAGACAUCAAGGAAGAAUCAGAAACCAUCCAAAAAGAAAUCCAGACUCUCGAAGAAACAGUCGCCAGUGUAAACACCACCACCACCACAAAAUCCGAAGUGAAGGAAAAGUACUCUGAAUUCAUCCACCACAAUCGCAUCGAAACCAGCCAGAACUACCUGGAGAAGUACAGCGAAGUUAUAACGAAGAACACGCGCAACAUUGAAAACAAGGAGAAAGAUACCGAAUCCGUGCCGGAUAAAAUCGUCGCCAACUUAAAAUCGCAGUUCUCCAAGACCGGAAACGCGGAAACGAUCGCCAAAAAGGAGUUCGCCGACGUCAACAAGCUAAAGAAGAUCGAUAUUAUGAAGCAGAUCAAUAAGUUCGAAAAGCACGAUAACGGAGAUAGCACUGUAACUGAGUCGUACUCAGAAUCGACGACAAUUGAGGAGGUCGGGCAAAUAGGGGAGAAAGGACUAAAAAAGAAAAAGUCAAAAAAAUCUAGAAAAGAGGAAAAGGAAAAUAUUUCCGUUAAAUCCAGCUUUAACAAAUUCGACGCUCUUCAGAAGAAAAACGUUCUUCACGUCAGAUCGUCCGAUGCCGCAGGCGCUCAAGACAAAUUCAAUGGCACUCAAAUUGACACGACCAAUUGCAAGGCCUGUUACAAAACCGUGUUUCAAAUGGAGCAAAUCAAGGCUGAGAAAGCGAUCUGGCACAAAAAUUGUUUCAGGUGCACGGAAUGCAACAAACAAUUAAAUUUUGACACGUAUCAAAGCAACGAAGGGAAUCUCUACUGUAAACCUCACUUUAAGUCUUUGUUCGCCCCGAAGGUCGUAGAAGAAGAUCAAAAUGCCCCCAGCGAUAAACCCGACCUCGGUUUGGAAGAGUUGCAAAGUUUGAAUGUUAAAGAGAGGUUCCAAGUUUUCGAGCAACAUCAACAUGAAACUUACGAAAGCGACAGCAGGGAACCUGUUAACGUUAAACGGUCCCCAUCUAUUUUAUCGAAGUUGGCAAGGUUUCAAGCCAAAGGAAUGGACGUAGGGGUAGCUGACGACUCUCUUAACGGUAUCCCGAUUGAGGAGAGCUCCUCAGACGAGGAGGUUGAGGAAGAAGUAGACGGUGAAGACGCCGACCUUGUUAGGGCGAAAAAAGUUCAAAAAGAGAAACCGUUCCACUUUACCGGGAUGUCGGAUGUCAAAAAUCGCUGGGAGAAGGGGGAACAGAACGGGAAGGAUGAGAGACGAGAGGAGCGCAAACAGGAGAUACAGAGCAUCAGAAACAGGUUGUUUAUGGGUAAGCAAGGAAAAAUGAAGGAGAUGUACCAACAGGCCGUAAUCGAGUCUGAAAGCUCCACGAAAGCAAAAAGUUCCGAAAAAAUCGAUUUCGAUGCUAAAUCCAUAAAGGACAGGUUCGAGAAGGGAGAAACUCUGAAUGAGAAUCAAAAUAGAGAUCAACGCGAUGAAGAAGAAGAAGUGUACGAAAGCGAAAUCAGCAAGAAAUCGAGAUCUUUGUUCUUGGAACUGGAUGCUAACGCGUCAAAAGCACCGCAAAUUUCGCCAGUUUCCCCGCCUAGAGUGGAAAUAAAAAAAGCCAGAGAGGCUGCAACUCCUGAGAGGGAGUUGUACCGAGACCCGGACGUAGUGCGUUCUGAGGAAAUCGUGGAGGAUACAGUCGUUGCCAAGGAAUCUCAUACCGCCAGUAAAAUGCUCAACAAGUUCAGGCAGAUGGAGGAGAAUUUGUCCAGAGAACCGACACCACAAGGUCCUAAACCUCUGAAGAGGUUCACUCCUCCUCCGGAACCUGCGAGGUCUGAAGGUAACAGUGAGGACGAGUCUGGAUCGGAAGAAGAGUCUGAACAAGAGGAAGAAGUGGACAACUCCCGAAUCCCCAGCGAUCUAGUUGAAGCUCAAAAAGCCGCAAGAGCGAAGCAACUUAGGGCCAAGUUCGAGAAAUGGGAGGCCCAAGAAGUCAGAAAGGAACAAAGCAAUUCAGUGAACAUAGUAGAGGAGUACAGCGAGGAACAGUCGCAAGUUGAAUCAACAAGGUCAUUGAGAGCCAGAUUCGAAAACAUGAAGGAUUCAUCUUCUGAAGUAAGAACAACGCCAAGAGUGAAAGUCAACAGAUUUGUGUAAACCUCAAGUGAUCAUCCGGAGAUAUAAGGAUCUUUUUUUAAUAUUGUACUAAUAAAAGAAUUUUUACUGGCAUCAUUAAAGUAAUAAAUAGUUUUAGUGUUUAUAUAUAGACUUCUUUGUAAUUUACCGUGCUAUUAAACAAUUGUUUUUUGUAAAUAGACGUUGACUCCAAUGUUUAAAUUAAUAGAUAUUUAAUUGUUUUUAUUUAUGGGUUUUCUACUUUAAAGCAUUUUUAACUUUCAAAGGUAUAUACACAGAAAACCCCAACAAGUGUGUUUAUUUCUGUAAAAAAUAUUUGUUGUCUAAAAAUUACCUAUACAUAGAUAUUUAAGUGUUACAACAUAGUCAGUUUCUAGACACGAUAUGUGUUAUGUAGGUAGUUCUUUUUAUAUAAAUUUUUUCAUAUUUUAAAUAAUUGUUAUCGAUAUUUUUUUAGAUUAAAUAAAUAAUAUUAUUGUGCCAAUAUUUUUUUGAGUGAAUAAAAAUCUAUGUACGUAUUUUUUGAUUUUAUUUAACGCAAGAAAAUCAACAAAAAUAUAAAAAAUAUGGUCAAUUUGUACAUCAAAGUGUCAAAACAAACAACUACGUACUAGUACUAAUCGUAUUAGUACUAUUUAUAUUUUUUGUAGAUAUUUUUAAGAUCUACAACUUUUCUAUUUGUCAUUUUUUGUUUCGUUCAAAUUUAGAGGGUAAAAAUACGAAAAAACAAAUUUUGUCAACUAUUGCGCCCUCUAUCUUUGCAGGAACUAAAUACAUGUAGUUUUGCCUGAAAACAAACAUGUUCAAAAUUUCGAGCUCCACGUUUUUUGUCUUGAAACUUUUUUUGUGCGACCUAUAGGAAACUUCAAAAACUGGCGCCCGAGUAGGGACAUACUUAAAGUAAUAAUACUUAUAAAAUGUGCAAUACAUGAACGUUCCGUUUGUUUUUUAAUCACUUAGGAUGUUUCUAACAAUCAAGAGGUGUGUCAAAGCUGUAAAAACAAAGUAUACCCAAUGGAGAAAAUUUCCGUACACGGACAAAUAUUCCAUAAAAAAUGUUUCAAAUGUAUGGAAUGCAACUGCGUUUUACGGAUGGACUCAUAUUCCUAUAACCAAGGUCUUUUGUACUGCACUCCGCAUUUUAAAAGGUUAUUCAUUUCCAAGGGAAAUUACGAGUCCGGAUUUGGCCUGGACCAGCACAAAGAUAAAUGGAGUGCCAAUCCUAACACUGCAACUAUGGCCUAAAAUUGUGAUAAUCUCGUAGGUAUUUUAUUUUUUAUGAUGUGCAUGUCUUGCUUUUAUCAAUUAAUUUUAAAUGAAUAGUUUACGAAAAUUAAUUAAUUCUUCAAAUAUUUUAAAACGUCUUGCCCUAUUUAUUGAUUGCAAUCUUUUUAAAAUACAUAACGGGUGUAUAUAUUUUUUAAAACAUUGCGAGAGUUAUCCAAAUUUAUAUUUUUUUGUACUUAAAAAUAUAUUAUUUAUCACUAUUAUUUUACAUUUCCUCUUUUUGCAUUUAUUAUGUUAUUUUAUUGUAUUAGUUAGUUUUUUUAAUAAAUAUACCAAGUAUAUGUGAUUUUAUAUUAAAAC